AUGACCGACAAUAAAUCUACACACAUUGACCAGUCACCCGUAUUGCCGAGAGGGUGGGUUUCGAAGGUAGACGAGCAGACAAAACGGCUAUACUAUCUGAAUACAAUCACUGGACAAGCACAAUUGGAGUUCCCCACUACAGAAUCCAGUGACUAUGAUGUUGAUGAUCUCCCACCACAAUACGAAGAUGCCGUGGCAGGGUCUGCUCCACAAGAAGGGAGGUCAUCUGAGCCAAAAGGAAGAGUGCAUAGAGCCGCAAUUAUUGCAGAUCAGUUCCAGAAAAGGGCUUUUGAUUAUGAGACGAGACACAGUGGUACGCAUGUGCUUUCCCAGCAUUUCCAGAAACAUAAGCAGAAGAGAGAGUCAGAAGGCGUGGAUCCCAAUUCCACCUCCUCCAAGCUGAUAUCCACUGGUGCUGCAGUGACUUCAUUCAUUCUUGAUCAAAGACGUGCCAGGUUCGAGCGGAGACGUCGUUUUGGAAUAACCGGUCUUAUAACCCGAGCCUUUGAUCCCAAUGACACCGAAAACGACGAGAGAUAUGAUAGCAUCAGAUACGGAAGGAGGGGUAAGCAUUAA